AUGACAGCGACGACGAACAACGUUGAUGCGAUACAGGAGGUAAGCGCCAUCUCGCCCUGCUAUGCGAUCCCUCACCCCAUCGUGCUGCAGGACCGUCUCGUCGAGCUGACGGAGAUGGAGCGAAACAACUCAGAGAUGACUGACGAUUCGCCAUUUACCUCGGCUUUGACGACGCCUGUGGACCAAGAUGUGCCCAUCAAUGUCUUUCAGGGGAUACACAAGGCCCUUGCGAGAGAUAUGGACGGCUCAGCGGUAGACUCGUACUUUGAUUCAAAGGCUGUAGGCAAAGGCGCGCAUAUCGCGCAGGUAUCGCAGCAGUUAGAGGAAAGAAGGGUGGUUGAGGUUGAGGUUAGCUUUAUGCUUCUUUCAACUGCGGAACCGUUUUACAGCCAUUUAUUAGAUAGCCCCAGACGCAGUGUUGGAACUGGUGGCGACAUUGGUCCCGGAAGCGAUUUUGGCCCUGCAGGCGACGUUAGCCCCAGAAACGACGUUAUCCUUGGAGAGGUCGUCAUCAUUGGUUGUAGAAGACACAACAAGCGACAGGCCAUCUCUUUCCCCGCUAAACCAAGAACCGAGUCCUAUGCUGAGCAAUGCUUAGAGCCUAAUAUUGAUCCCAAAGUAACCCCUUCCUCCGUUCUGACCGAUGACUACGAACCUAGAUAUCCCCAUUUCGUCUUCCACGCCGUCGCCAUGUCUGCCAUCCGUCCAUCCAAAGGCAUUUACCGCUUUGCACACUUUGCCGAGUGCGGAAUGCAAUACUCAAUGACUUUCUUGGCGUCUCGGGUGUUGUUCAUCUACGAAUUUCCGAAUUUGGGAACGGUCAUUACGGGCGGUCUUUUGGCACUGUUCUUUCAUGCUUGGCAGGACUUUGAAGUGAAUCGGAACGUACCUCUUGGGCAUGACGACCGGCAGAUGAUUUACAUUCUGGCGACCAGCUUUUGGCUCACUGGAGAUUCUGUCAGCAUUCAAAAGGUCGACGAUCAAUAUUAUCUUUCCUCUGCGACGCUGAAGAAUCGGGAAUUGAUGUGUUUGUUGAGAAGGAUUUGGACGAGGAGUGAAAUGCAUACGUUAUUCGUGCUCAUCUACCUUGUUUCUUCUGUGUAUGAUUGCAACAGCCUCUGA